UUACCCAUCCUUUUUAUAACUCAUCCUUUUAAUCUGUCUCCUCCAAUUCUAGUUAAUUACCACCUUUGUUCUCCAUACUUACAGAGUUAUAGUACAAAAAUCCCCUCAAUCAUCAAACUCAACCUAGUUUUUACUGUCAACUCGAUCGAUCAAAGACAGUAAGAUCCUGUUCUUUUUGGUUGAAUUUUAUGGAAAUUCAGUUCAGUUCAGUAACUAGCUAGCUCAAAUUGUACUGGUGUUUAAUCGCGUUAGAAAAUCGGUGGAAAUGAACUUGUCUGUUAAUGGUCAAUCAAAAGUGCCUCCUGGUUUUCGGUUUCAUCCUACAGAAGAAGAGCUUCUUCAGUAUUACUUGAAGAAGAAAGUCGCUUUCGAGAAGAUAGACCUCGAUGUCAUUCGAGAUAUUGAUCUUAACAAGCUUGAACCAUGGGAUAUCCAAGAGAAGUGCAAAAUAGGAUCAGGGCCACAAAAUGACUGGUAUUUCUUCAGUCAUAAAGAUAAGAAAUACCCAACAGGGACUCGAACAAACCGGGCCACCGUGGCCGGGUUUUGGAAGGCCACGGGCCGGGAUAAGACGAUUCAUAGCAACAACAAACGCAUCGGUAUGAGAAAGACACUUGUUUUCUACAAAGGUCGAGCUCCACAUGGUGAGAAAUCAGAUUGGAUUAUGCACGAGUACAGGCUUGAAGACUGCACUACUACUGUGACAAUCCAAGAAAGUUGUUUAACAGAAGAUGGAUGGGUAAUCUGCCGCGUUUUCAAGAAGAAAAACUACCAAAAGGCAAUUGAAAGUCCAAGAUCAACUGAUGAAAAUCAACAAUCACAGGUGUUGAAUUACAGUAGUAAAAAAGUGUUUGAUCACAUAUUUUCUUGCAUGGGGAAAUUUGACUGUCCAACAACCGAUGAAACUAGUACGGCCACCAUUACUAACAUCAUCCCUUCAUUCAACAUCUCAAACAGUCAAACAGGAGUUUUUGAUGAUCAGUACAACAAUCAUCUUCCUAUGCUUACUUGCAGCAGCAGUAGCAGCCCACCAUUUGAUGAUCAUAAUAAUCAUGCUUUGUUUAAAUGCAGUGACGUCAGUCCACCAAGGUUGAGUGAUUGGAUGUCGCUUGAUCGGCUUAUUGCUUCUCAGCUUAAUGGUUGCCAAGAUGAUCAGGAUUUGAUCUGUUCAAAUUCAGUUAUGUUUCAUGGCUGAUCAACUGAGUUGCAUACAAACAUAUAUACUCUAUACUUAGCUGUCUUUUGACACCAAUUUAAUUAGUUAUAUAUAUAUAUAUAUAUAUAUAUCUUGCUUUCCACUUUCUGAUGAUGAGGAUGGUGACAUUAAUUAAUCCUUUUUAUGAGGAUGAUGGUGAAAAAUGGAGGAAAUUGUAUAUUUUUGUAGCAUAAUAUUUGUAAUUUUUCAUACUCCAUGAAUGAAAAUGGAGGUUCACUGUACAUUGUGUGUAGAAUAAUAUUUGUAAUUUCGGCUCACAUCGAGCAUCUCUUAGUCGUCCAUGAUGGAAAAUGGAGGAAGUUGUAUACUAGCUACCUAUAUUGUGUUUUGUGUAGAAUAACAUUUGUAUAUAAUUUAUCAUAGUUCAUGAUUGAAUAAAAAUAAUGAAU